AGACCCCCAUUAACCGCGUCUGCGGGCGAAAACAGCGUCGUCCCGCGCGUCAAAACGCCGCGUUUGGAGUCCGCGGCCACCCAUUUCCAACAUGAAACUCGCCUCCGCUGACGUCACCCAGCCAUCUUUGUCCGCCUAAUCCAGGCGGGUGUUUAUUACACCUUCAUUACAGCGCGGACACGCACGGGCACGGGCUCCACUCACAGCCUGUAGAAAUAAAAAAAUUAAACGCACGAUAAAUAGAGCGCUUUCCGUUCGGAGGGGACACCUCUCAGUGGGAGACACAAGCCGGUGCUCCUCCUAGGCUAUAUAGGCAGGGAAGCGCCACGAUCGCCGAGCAAAGCGUGCCAGAGGCUAGAGAGGAUCGCAGAAGCCGAGGCGCAUCCAUCUGCCAGCUACUUAGCGCGAGCACUUCCAGUCCGGGUUCGAGCCCAGCCGUCCUGCCGACACCGCCCAGAAAAUGUCUGCCCCAGCUAGUGGAGCCCCUGCACCAGAGGGAGGCAAUGCCCCUCCCAACCUCACCAGCAACCGCCGUCUGCAGCAGACACAGGCACAGGUGGACGAGGUGGUGGACAUCAUGCGUGUGAACGUGGAUAAGGUCCUGGAGCGUGAUCAGAAGCUGUCAGAGCUGGAUGACCGGGCUGACGCCCUGCAGGCUGGAGCCUCCCAGUUUGAGACCAGUGCUGCGAAACUGAAGAAUAAAUACUGGUGGAAGAAUGCCAAGAUGAUGAUUAUCCUGGGUGUGAUAUGCGUGAUUGUCCUCAUCGUCAUUAUUGUGUACUUCAGCACCUAAGAAGAGUUGCUCCUACCCCAGUCUGAUCCAACUUCCUUGCUAGAGAAAAAAAAAACAAAACCCUCCAAUUGAAGACGAAAUUAUCCGCCGAUUAUUAAUUGAUAUGAUGCGCAGCCCCCUUCGAUUAGCCGCGAUAUAACACCCCUCCACCCUUCAGGGCCCCAUGGCUCCCCCACUACCACCACCUCGCCUCUGGACCCCUGUCAAUAUUUGUCCUGUGAGUGUGUGGCCCUGUCUUCUUUCUGGGUACUCUUGGCUUUUCUAACAUGCCGAACCGAGAACCAAACACUUGUGAUGAUGCAACAACAGAUAAGGAAACAACGAUUGGCGAUAAUUGUUACAUAACUGAUAUAUAUACUUCUUUGUAGAGUUUUAUUCUGAUAUAUACUGUUUUGUAGGUGUGUGUGCGUGUGCGUGCGUGUGCAUUUUGUAUUUUUUAAGUUUUGUAUUCAUUUUACGUAUGCUUCAGCGUUAACUACUGCCUAUUAAUAAUCAAAGUGUGUAUCUUGCAUGUUCUGACCAUCUGUCCGUCCUGUGCUGACUCUCUCUUUCUCUUUGGUGUUUUUCGUCCACUAAGUCAGUCUAAAAUAAGCCAGAGGACUAAAACUUGCACUCGACACCAUUAAUUAAGUUAAAGAAAUUGGAGCGGCUGCAGCGAAAACUGCCCGUUAGAAAACCCCAAGCUUCAGCUGCAGAUUUCUAUAACUUGAUGCAAGUCUUAGCUUCUCCCUGAGAGAGUUGAUGCUCACUGACACCGAUCAACCAUCCAAACAGUGCAUGUAAUGUUGAACUAAUCCCUAGUAUCCAUCAUUACUAGUCCUUAAACCCAACCCUCCCAUUCUCUGGGAGUCAUCCAUUCAUCUGAAGCCCUCGUACUCAGCAUGCUUGAACGCCUCAAUUUCUUAGAAUAAUUUCAAUACUGCCAUAGUACAGUCGGACCAAUGUCUGUAGAUGUUUCUUUUUUAUUUAUGAAUUACGUAGUGUCUUAUUUCGAAAACAUUCCUCCAUUGCAGUCUAGUGCAAACGCUCUUACUGUAGCACAUGUAAGUGUAAGUAUCUUUAAAAAAAAAAAGACAUGCGAGAAAACUCGUAUCGUUCAUUCAAACCUUAGAAGAAAAUAGUUCUAGCUACUGUAAUAGCUGUAAGGAUUAGUUUUGGAUAGACAGGAUUAGACUUUUAAUCGGCCCAAAUUAUUUUCUUUCAUAAUAUUUGUGAUGUUCUCUCAACAUUACACUUAACUUAACUUACUAUGGAGAUGUCAUUAAUGUCAAACUGUGGAUAUGGGCUCCCCAAACAUUGUAAUGGCAGGAGGUGAAAUGGGGCCGUUGCAUGAAUUGACAGUAGGUCUAUUUCCACCAGAAAAGGUUAAUGCUCACUGGCCCGCUGCCUUAGUCUCCAGUCGCGUCUGUUAAGUGUCGAACGCGCACGGUCGAACACGCCCUCACACCUUUGGGAGUGGCCCCGGCUGCGGCAGAGGGAUCCGCUUAGAAAAAUGCACAAACAAUCUUGUUUUUGAUGGCGCUGUCCGGCCGACGGAGCUCCAUCUGCAGCGAAACGUCUCCCACGCAAAGAGCACAGUUCAGCCUUAUCCCACCCCGAUCCACGCGCUGGGACACAGGUCCGAAAGUUAAACGCCAGAUUCCUCAGAAUUCCUCAAAAAAAAACAAAAAACAAAGCAGUAGCGUUCCUACGAAGAGUUUUGCUAGUAGGUGAUUCUGUCUUAGUGUUUCUCCCUAGAGUUAAGGCCUUUUUUCUUUUUUUAAAGUGAUAAUAGAUUCUAUUUUUAUUAUAGUAUAUUUUUGUGUGAAGCAGACAGGUUACGGGGGAGUGUACGGCCGCUACACGUGCUCCUCUUUACCUCGGUCUGCUGUGUUUUUUGUAUUUCAGCUCUGUGCGUUAUUCACUGCCAAGAAACAAGGGAGCAGUCUCUGUUGUUAACUGCAGUUAUUCCUUUCAUCGGCGCCCUCGCUGCUCCCGUCCUGAACUCCUCGUUUGUUGGCAUCUUCUCGUGUGUGCGCUCCCUUUGUGGCUCCGUCCAGAACAGGAGAACUCCCCGAAGCCAGGAGAUGGUUAUUAACAGGGUUUGAGUUGUGGCAGCACGCGCAGUUGUUGCUUGGAUUCUUCUUAAAUCGGAUGUUUUGGGCAAAGAGGAGUCCAUUCAUGUGUCAGGUGGCUGUAAAGACCGCAAACCCUAUACAAUAACCUUAAGAAGCGUGUCAUUUUCUAUCCUCCCACCAGCUGAGUGGACCAAGUGUGUGUGUGUGUGUGUGUGUGUGUGUUAGAAUAGCUCUGUCUUGGUAAUAUCCCCCCGUUGAUCCCGGCACAUUAGGAGGCCAAGCCUCCCUUUUGUGUUUUCCACUAAAUAGAGCAAGAUAAAACUGCAGACGGUUACCAAAGACCAGCUUUUCGUGCUUAUGCUGCCAAUUGCCAUCAAAAACAAGUGGAGGGAAGCAGGUUAUCCAAACGUACCCCCGUCUGUUCAAACGCGUCCUCACUCUGCCCCGAUUACAGGACCCGCUCGGUUGUGACACGCUUUACAUGGUGAGUGUGCCAUUCUGACAUAUGCAAGUUCAACCAAAACGUCCACGUAGGGGCCGCAUGCUUCGAAUCUCAAAAAACCCUUACCCUCGUGUGUCCAGAUCUGAAAGGCGUCUCUAAUCUGUAAUAAGUUUUCACACACGUGAUCCUGGAACUAAUAAUAGCACAACUACCGUUUUGCUGUGUCUCCAUAGUUCUAAAAUGAAAAGCAUAAACGCUACGAAUAAGGAUACACAGAUUCCGCAUUGUUCAGUGUUGUAUAAAUUGGGGGUGUUUUGGGGGGUAGGGGGUCCUAUAUCCUCAGGUUUAAUGUGUGAAUUUACCAAAAUAUACUGAAGAAGACACCAAUAUAUUAGCAAACUGUAAAAUCGGGGGGUUUUUGGCAAUAGAAAAGCAUUUCCGGGUUCUAAAUGUGCUCCGUUUAGACAUCCUGCAGGACCGAGGUGAAAUAAACUGAUUGGGGUAGGACCUUUGUGUCAUCCAUGAAUCCCACGCUUGUCCUGUCCCGAGCGCUCAAACAAUUGGGUCACGACGCUGAAGCAAAGCUAAGCGAGCGCUCUCUCUUUCUGUUUCUUUAACGUCUAUAUGAAGAAAUGUGCAUCUAUUUUAACACCGUGGCACUUUUUUCUGUUGUGUUUCAUUCAUUUUGCUCCAACGGGAACAUGAUUCGGUGGAGAAUAUUGUCUUGUGUCAGCCUGAGGGAUAUUUCAGGGAUUUCAACUUUGAUGCUGCGUUCAGUGUCAUUUGAGGCCAUCAGAAUGUGUUUAAAUCUUAUUCCAGGGUUGAAUUUCAACCGGUGGAGCUGUAAUUUGAAGUUAUAGGAGAACAGAGACCAAUAGAACAAGAACAAGACAGUCAGGAUCGUUCACGCGUGAUCGCAUCCUGUUGCCCCCAAAUGGGAUGAACGCAGCAACAGGAGGGAACCAUUUGAGUCUCUGAACAUUCACUUGAUGGAUAUAAACACAAUGUUCUACUUAACAUCUGUCAACAUGUUUUAUUUUGAAACCAAAUGUUCUUUUCUUUUGUUUGUUUUUUGCAUCAAUUUAGUAAUAACUCCAGAUGUCACUGAAUUGUUUGUGUGUAAACACUGAUGGGUAAAAGUAAUGAGAAUAUGGAAUUAGUGGGGAAACAUAUUUUUACCUUCAAUUGUCCAGAAUGCUCAGAAUGAUUCUACAGUUUACAUCAGAUUGCUGUUUGUAUUUACAAGAGAUAUUUUUUGUUCAAAUCUUUAUUUUGAGGAACAGCAUUGAUUUCUUUUCGGGACUGGGGUUCUGGGGACCAAGGCCCAUAUUACCCCUGUUCGUCUGGCCUUACAGGAGGGACACGACCAGAGGCUCACGGGCAAUGUGCUUGUUUUGAUUUGCUUUCUUGCUUUCUUUUUUUUUUUUUAAUUUACUGAUAGAUUUAUUGUGCUGUCAUUUGGUAUGGGAUUAGAAACUAAGGUUAACUCAAUGUAAAGAAGAGGAGACUGAAUGAAAAACUAAAGUACAUAAAAUAAUUGUAGUGUAAAUCUAUCAAUGUCUUAUUAUAUUGAUGAACAUCAUGAAAUAUAUGUAUAUUGGAAAAACAGUA